UGGACUCUCACAUCCUCAUUAAAGUUAUGAACCAAAACCAUUUUGUGAGAGUGUUGAGUGAUGAUCAAAUGUGCAAAUGCAAAGAAAGCCGUUUGUUUUUGUCAGUGUGCGGACGGAUGUGCAGGCGACGCUGUCAUGUUGAUAGGAGGCCGACAAACGUACAACGUAGCGUCUUGGUGGUUUGCACCUGUGGCUUUCAGAAAAGAGACAAACCAGUUUGUUUGAGGCAUUGAGUAUUUGCUGUAAUUUCCUGCCUUUCAGACCCGAAUGUGGUAGACUACAUGUUGCAAAAUGGCGAUUGCACCAUUCUGCUUGAUGCUCUCAGCGACACUGAGCAUCACGCCCCACAGAUCUCAGUUCUUCUCGUAUGAGACCAUUUCUCUGAAGUGUGAGGCAAACUCCACUGGCUGGACAGUGAACAGAAGAACUAAGACACCUACUCCAGAGAAGUGUGCUCACGGCUGGGCACUCCCUGCGGAGUCCUCCUGCCUCAUUGAGGACUCGUACAGAUCGGACACUGGAGUGUACUGGUGUCAAUACACCACGGGGGCAUGCAGCAACACCAUCAACAUCACAGUGACCGAUGGUGUUGUGAUCCUGGAGAGCCCUGCGUAUCCUGUGAUGGAAGGAGACAUCGUGACACUUGGCUGCUCCUACAGGAAAGAUGAGCAAUCACCAAUAAAGUCAGACUUCCUUGCUGCCUUCUACAAAGAUGGUGCUUUCAUUGGGAAGGAGAGUUCAGGGAAGCUGACCAUCGAACGCGUGUCCAAGAAGGACGAAGGUUUCUAUAAGUGUCAACACCCCUCAGAAGGAGCGUCACCUCAGAGCCUGCUGACAGUGAGUGUUAGACAUAAGAAUCCAACUGCUCCGACCACUCCUCCUCCUGCUCCUCCGACCAUUCCUCCCAUAACUUUGACCAGGCUGAUCGGUUUCAUCCUGUUGUUUGUCAUCUACACAGUCAUCCUCAUACUGGCUGUGUACUUGUACCGAAGGUGUGCUCGAACUCGAGCUGAUGCCAAAAAGAGAGCUUGUGUGCAUCUGGUGCUGGAAUGAUGAAGAAUGAUGAUGAUGAUGAAGAAGGAGACCAUUAAUAAUCUAUUAGCUAUGCUUACAUGGCAUUUAAUCUGCAAAAGUUUCUGUUUGUCAAGCUUUAUAUGCAAAGUAUAUUAUUUGCAUUUCCUCUCUCAAAUGUGUUGUAUUUUUUACAUAAAUUGUCAAUAUUUUUAUUUGGUUUUCCGUUGGGUCAGACAGAACUAGAGGUAUUUCAGCCUUCAUCAAAGAGUCGGAUGAACCGACAGAUAUGAAAGUGUUUAAACAAACUGAUUUGUGCAUCACCAGAUUUUCCGGUAGUUGUGAUAGCUGAGAAGUGUGUAAAUAUUACAUAAGUGUCUUUCGGGAGACACUUUUAUCUGAUGCUGUUCUUUCAUUUAAACCUUUGGUUGAUUAAUAUCAGAAAACUUUAUCAAAGUAUCAUUUUCCAAAGGAACAUCUGAAGCUGAUGUUUGAAAUAUAUCAGCUUUAUCAGGAUGUUUUCUGCUUUUAUUUCUUUCAUUAAUGAGCAGUAUUUUUGACCUGGAGAUCAAUCCUGUGAAGUCUUACUGGUUGAGGUCUUUUCAUUGUUGUCUGUCGCCCCCUUAUGGUUGUUCAUCAGAGCUACAGUCCUGGGGAUGAAACUGUGUUUGUGGUGGGUGGUUUUGGAGUACAGUGAUCUGUACGAGGAGUCUAAACAGGUUGUAUCCGGGGUGUGAGGGGUCCAUGGAGAUUUUACUGGCCCACUUCCUGACCCUGGACCAGUACGGGUCCUGGACGGAGGGAAGGUCAGUACCAAUAAUCUUCUCUGCAGUCUGUCCCUGUCCUUUCUGGUGGCUGAUCCAAACCAGACAGGACAGGGACGUGGGGUUGUGGUUAGAGUCAGGGUUAGACUCAAGUCUGACCUCAGCCACAGUUUAAAAAAAUAAAUAAAUAACUGUAGUGGCUUUUCUCUGCAAGUGAAGUUGCUUACAGUUCCGACAGAUGGAUGAUAACAAUUGAUUUUUAAUGUUCUGUUGCCAUUUCACACACCCUGCAGCCCCCACCCCACCCUACAAAAUAUUCUCCCACCACACGAUUGACAUAUUUUACAAAGUGCAUGUUGCCAUAGAAAAAGUAAA